AUGACAUUGAAUGAGAUCAGCAGUUCUAGCUCUAGCAACUCCUCGUAUUUUGGAAAGUCUGCAAAAUAUCAUGCACAGUUGACAAAGUCGCUAUAUCUCAACUAUAACAAAACAACGCCAAGUUCUCAGCAGCAGCAAAUAAAGAAAGAUUCUUCAACUACUACAAAUAAUCUGACUUUUCUCCACAAUCCAAGUUCACUGAGAAAACCUUCAUUUGACGCAAUGCAAAGUAGCAAAUUGGGAACCGGGAUUCACACUGAAUAUGAAUACGAUCUUGGUGCGAAUCAAGAUCUGGGAUAUUUCACAUCUAGGACGGCCAUAUCUGUUCCAUCUUCGAGGAUUGAGGACUACUACAAUAACAACAAUAUUGAGGAACAAAUCCAACAAUUAUUGACUAAUAAUGAGAAUUUACCCCAGAAUGGCGAAUUCCUUUCGCAUCUGUACUCUCAAGGUAAUGCUGCAAAUAUGUACAGGUUUUAUGAUCUGCAUAAUUACCAACACCUUCCUCCAAUUGAUAUAAAUAUACGCACCACUGCAUUUGACAAUCAAAGUCAGAACAAUCAAACUAUGGAACAACAAGGAUCACAAAACAAAACAGACGAUUUUUAUAUCCUGCAUUACGGCCAUCUGUAUACUCAACAGCCUGAUCAAAAUCAAUAUGCAAUAAGUGAAGAGAAUAGGCAGCAUGUUGAUCAGGAACAGGUUUGUUUGCAGCAAUUACAACCUGGUUUCUCACAACAGCAAAUACAUAAUCCUUAUCAAGCCCAGCCCCAGCCCUCGCAGUUACCACCAUCUCCUUCUCCCCCACAACAACAACAACAGCAGCAGCAGCAGCAGCAACGGAAUAGAGACUUGUCUCUUGGGUACCCCCCGACAAACGAAAUAAACUACUUUCCUCAAAAUCAUAAUCCCCAAUCACUCUCUACCGCACUGUAUCCACAUGACAGUAAAGGUGCCAAUACAUCCACUAAUUUGCAAGGACAUAAUGUCUUGGCAUAUUCAAAACAGCCUCCAACAAGUUCACCACAAAGCCUCAAUAUAAUUCCGAAUCUAAAGAAUAUGCCUGCCGCUAAUGCCAAUGAACCAACACAAGCAAUCUACGACCUGAAAAUCAAAUUGAAAAGAGGCAGACCCAGGAAGAAACCAGGUUUUCAUUUGAAGCUUGAUGCUGUAAAUAAAAAACCAAUAAAUACUACUAGGUUGGUUACCUCAUCACAAUCCGACUCGGGAGCAGACUAUUGGAACCGACAUUCAAACAACAACAACAACAACAAUAAUAACAAUAACAACAACGGUGUCGGCAAUGGUGGCACAGCAGUAGCGGCUCACAACUUGCUGAAACUAUCUUUUACACCUGCUUUUGAGAAUGAUGAUAUACGAAGAGAAAUGGAUCUACAUGAAACAACCCAAUAUGAAACUACUAUUCCGUCGUUUCUUUUAACUCCUUCUAAUGAUCCACCCACAGGAGCCAAAGAGUAUUUUGAAUUUGAUAAUACGCCGAAAAACGGCGGCACUUUGAAUAAUGGUGGAUUUUUUUCUCCUCGUGUUAAAGAUCACAAUAUUGACAAUUUCAAUCAAACUUUUGAAUGCUACUUAAAAAAUCCAGAAAAUGUGCAACAAAAUGGUAAUGGUUUGGGAGAAGCUACUUCUUUUAGUGAAUUCAACUUGCAGGAAGGUCCUUUGAUACCACCUGGUCAGAUAACCUCUCACUCAAAACAAGCUUUCAAAGAGUCCUUUUCGCCACUAAGGCUAAACUUUGACAACCUUGCAUCAUCAUCUCAAGCACAGCCAUCAUCAUUAUCAUCAGGAAAUAAUGCAGCUAUAUUUAGUGAACGGGAAAAAUUCACCGAAGCUGCGCAAUUCCCCGAAGAUUUGGAAGAGUUCAACAUCACAACUUAUUUAAACACCAACCCUGAAGAAACAGAUGGGAAUUUUUCCUUGACAGCGACGACAACAGCAACAACUUUGCAGAAGACGCUUUCUAAUAGUAGUGCUACAAGCGCUACAUCGGAAGGAUCAGACUCGCGACAAUUUAAUGAGCAAAAUGACCUCACCAGAUCGGCAUCAAAAAAGAGAAUUUCAAAGGGGGCUACUUGUCCAGUUUGUGAUAAAUAUAUCAGCAGGGAUUUAACUCGCCACAUGCGUAUUCAUAAUGAAGUCGGUAGGUUUCAGUGCGUGUAUCCGAGAGAGAUGUGCAAUCACAAGACCCAGAAUUUCAAUAGACCCUAUGAUUACAAAAAGCAUUUACUUCAUGUACAUUUUGCAUUUGAUGACCGAAAGGGUAAGAAUGCAAACACAUUAGGGGAAAAACUACCUUUAUCUGGUGCUUACACAAUUCAGCCCCACGACCCUCAUCAUCACUCGACAUUGCAGCAUCACACAAAGGGUUAUGUUAACCAUAUCUCAUCCUUAUACCCUCAACCCUGUCACAGAUUCAGCAAGCAUCAUACCAGCUUUCAAGAGGAACCGCAAAUCGACAAGAAAGAACUUCAACGAAAAAUAAAUUUACUGAACCUUAUGAACGAGUUGAAAAGACAGGUACCAAACAUAUUGGCCACCAAUUUGUCUAAAGACCUUAUUUCCAAAGAUGUGUUUCUACGAAUAUGUCCAUCACAAUUUGACGAGUCCAUGCUACCAAAGCUUCACGGAACAUUCGCAUAUUUCAGCGCAUGCAAGGCAAUACAAUUAUUCAUAACAUCUGUGAUACUUAAUCCCCGUGUUAAAUUGCACAUUACAAGUAUUCGACUAAGUAACUCUCGAGACCCUCAGUGCAUGUUUAGCAACUCUACAAAGAUAUAUAUUCGUUGGAACACGUGCAUGCCCAACUGUGAGCACUUGGGAGUGGCAAGCACCUCGGAUGCAAAUUUGGGAUCUCAUCAAUGGUCAAAAGAGGACACGAUCAGAUUGAUGGAGCAUAAAAAAAUACAAAACGUGGCGGGGUUUAUCAAGAAACUUGCGUCGAUGAUGAUGGGGUUGACCAAGGAUCCGGAAAAGUUAGAGAGGGUUUUACUGGGAUUGUUCAUAUUCGAAUUAAAUGAUGAUUGUGACGAAAUAAUUGUUCACACUGUUGAGAAUAUGGAUGUUAUUGAACGAUUCGAGCCAGAGGAAAUCAACGGUUUAAGGGUCUGUUGA